CUCGCGUGGACAUAAAUCGGUAUUAAGAACAGAACACUGCCUUACCUACAGUGCCUAUCUAGAGACCUAUACCUCUAUACUCGUUACCAUAUCCGCCAUUUACAUAUAUAGGAGUAUACCUCGGACAAGCAUAUUAAACCUUCAUCCACAGUGUUCAUUCAGUGUUUUAAGGGAUAUACAGAGAUAUAGGCAGAGGGUACUUGAAGUAGAGGUACACUUCUGGGGGAAUUCAAGGGUUCGCGAAUGUCAACUAAGUGAUUCCGUCUAAUUGAAUUAAUCGGUCAUCGACCAUGACGUUGGGACAGGAGGAUCAAGAAGCGCUUAUAGCAAAAGGUUCAACAGAAAGUUUAAAUACUAACCUAAUACAUCCCGAACAAGCCUCGAUAAAUCCAGGAAUUACUAAGAACUAUGGGACAGUUACAAGACCAACCGAUAACCUCACAUACUCAUGGUAUAACUUGGAUGUGUUUGGUGCUGUCAAUCAGCCGGGGCCAGGCUUUAAGUACCUUGUUAACCGUGUUAAGGGACUUUUCUGCAAUGAACGACAUAUUCCAGCACCAAGGAAGCAUCUUCUAAAAAAUGUUUCUGGUAUCGCAUAUCCGGGGGAGCUUUUGGCCGUACUUGGAAGUUCUGGUGCUGGCAAGACCACUCUCCUUAACGCUUUGGCAUUUCGAUCUUCCACUGGUGUGCAAAUAUCUCCAUCAAGCACAAGAAUGCUUAAUGGCUAUGCAGUUGAUGCUACCGAGAUGCAAGCCCGAUGUGCAUAUGUUCAGCAAGAUGAUCUUUUUAUUGGUUCCUUGACGGCCAGGGAGCAUUUAAUCUUCCAAGCAAUGCUGCGUAUGCCACGAAAUACACCAUAUCGGCAAAAAAUUCAACGAGUGGAGCAAGUAAUUCAAGAUCUGUCAUUGGGCAAGUGUCAAAACACAAUUAUUGGAGUACCCGGAAGAGUUAAAGGUCUUUCAGGAGGUGAAAGAAAACGUUUGGCUUUUGCAUCUGAAGCCCUUACAGAUCCCCCGUUGUUGUUAUGCGAUGAACCCACAUCAGGCCUAGAUUCGUUUAUGGCUCACAGUGUGGUUCAAGUGUUGAAGAAGCUAUCGCAAAAGGGGAAAACUGUAAUUCUAACCAUUCAUCAACCUUCCUCGGAGCUUUUUGAAUUGUUUGACAAGAUUUUACUUAUGGCAGAAGGAAGAGUGGCAUUUUUAGGAACUCCGAAUGAAGCAGCUGACUUUUUCGCUUACUUGGGAGCCCAAUGUCCAACAAAUUACAACCCUGCUGAUUAUUAUGUCCAAGUUUUGGCAGUUAUGCCAGGCAAAGAGCAGGAAUCUAAGGAAAGAAUUGGCAAAAUCUGUGACAACUUUGCCGUUGGAAAAGUAUCGAGGGAAAUGGAACAGACUUUCCAAAAGAUGGCAGUCAAAGCUAAUGGAAUUCCAUUGGAUGAUGAUGUCAAUCAUCCCUACAACGCUACUUGGUUCACCCAAUUCAGAGCUGUUCUUUGGCGAUCUUGGUUGACAGUUCUUAAGGAACCAUUGCUUGUCAAAGUCCGUCUUAUUCAGACAACUAUGGUUGCUGUUCUUAUUGGUCUGAUAUUUUUGGGUCAACAACUGACACAAGAUGGCGUUAUGAAUAUUAAUGGAGCGAUAUUUCUUUUCCUAACGAAUAUGACAUUUCAGAAUGUUUUCGCCACCAUAAAUGUCUUCACUUCAGAGCUGCCAGUUUUUAUGAGAGAAGCUCGAAGCCGUUUAUACCGCUGUGACACUUACUUUUUAGGCAAGACCAUAGCUGAACUGCCAUUAUUUCUGACAGUUCCGUUUGUUUUCACAUCAAUUGCAUAUCCCCUGAUUGGUCUUCGAGCUGGAUUGGACCACUAUCUUAUAGCUUUGGCUAUAGUAACCUUAAUCGCCAACGUUUCAACUUCCUUUGGAUAUUUGAUUUCGUGUGCAAGUUCGUCAACAUCGAUGGCAUUGUCAAUUGGUUCACCAGUGAUCAUACCAUUCCUACUCUUCGGUGGAUUCUUCUUGAACUCCGGAUCAGUUCCGGUGUACUUCAAAUGGCUCUCCUAUUUGUCAUGGUUCCGUUAUGGCAAUGAAGGAUUGCUCAUAAAUCAAUGGUCCGAUGUCCAGGCAGGUGAAAUUGCAUGUACAAAAUCUAAUACAACCUGUCCGAGUUCCGGUCGGGUGAUAUUGGAGACACUGAAUUUCUCCGAAGCAGAUUUGCCAUUGGAUUUUAUUGGUCUGAUUCUAUUGAUCGUGGGAUUCAGAAUCACAGCUUACAUGGCAUUAGUUAUGAAAACAAAACGAAAGGAAUAACAUUUUAAGAGUUUUUGUUAAUUUUUUUUAUAUUCAUUUUAUAAAAUGUAUAUUGUGGUUAUUUAAUAAAAUUGUGAAAACAAUUUAA